AUGUGGUCCAAAUUACUGGCAGUCUCUUUUCUCGUCGGCGGAACCUACGCUACACCGCUCGACGCAGGUAUCAACAGACGUGCAGCCUGUCCUGGUGUCCAUAUUUUUGGUGCACGUGAGACCACUGUCUCCCCAGGCUACGGGUCAUCCAGCACUGUUGUCAACGAGGUACUAAGCGCUUAUUCUGGGUCGACAGCUGAAGCUAUCAGUUACCCUGCCUGCGGUGGGCAAUCCUCAUGUGGGAGCGUGAGCUAUUCUAGUUCAGUUGCGCAGGGAAUCCAGGCCGUUGCCUCUGCUGUCAAUUCCUUCAAUUCGCAGUGUCCUGACACCAAAUUAGUCCUAGUCGGGUACUCCCAGUUCGACGAACGUCCUGCGGGAUUUACUUGCCCAUCUGCCAGUAAGAUCCAAUCGUACUGUGAUGCCUCGGACCCAUAUUGCUGCAAUGGCAGCAAUGCAGCAACUCACCUGGGCUAUGGUGCAGAAUACGGCGCACAGGCUUUGACAUUCAUCAAGAGCAAGAUUUCUAGCUGA